AUGAAUACUUACCAUAUUGGUAUCAUUUUCUUGCUCCAAAUGAUCACCUCUACAAAACCACUUUCAUUCCAUUACAAAACCUUCAAAUAUAAUGAUGUGAAACUAGAAGGAGAUGCUUCAUUGUUGUAUUCAUAUAUUCAACUUACUUCAACCACAAGGUACCAAAGCAACGCCUAUAGUGUUGGAAGAGUCACAUGUUUUGAACCAUUACAUCUAUGGGACAAAACCUCAAGAAAACUCACCGAUUUCACUACUCAAUUUUCCUUCAUAAUUUACUCAAACGAAACCGGUUUCGGAGAUGGAUUGUCAUUUUUCUUCGCGGAUCCGAAACUUCCACUUCUUGAUCACAUGAAAGAAGGUGGUGGACUUGGUCUUGUUGAUAAAUAUCAGAUACUGAAUUCAAGUCAAUAUCCAUUUGUAGCGGUUGAGUUUGAUACACAUCAGAAUCCUUGGGAUCCUUCUGGUAUACAUGUAGGUAUAAACUUGAACUCUAUGAUGUCUGAGAAAACUAAACCAUGGUUGAUUGAUAUUAAGAAUAAGAAAGCUUAUUAUUCUUGUAAAAUCGAGUAUAAUUCGAGUGUUCGCGAUUUGAAAGUUUCUUUCACCGGAAACAUCGUCGAUGGUAAGCCUGUGAAAAGUCACAUGUCGUAUAAUGUUGAUCUGAGAGAUUACCUACCUGAGAAGGUUAUCUUUGGUUUCUCGGCUGCUACCGGACUUAUGUUCGAGAUGAAUACGUUAAAAUCAUGGUCGUUUAAUUCGAGUUUAGUGAAUGAUCAGAAAGUUUCUUCUUCUUCUUCUAUUCCUUCGAAUCUUGAACCUUCGCCAAUUCCGUCUAGUCCUAAACCAGAUAGUAAAAAAAAUACUAUAUGGUUAGGACUAGGAGUUGGUGUAGGUAUAGCGUCGAUUUUCCUUGUUUUAGGAUGGGUUUGUGUCUUAAUAUGGAAGAGAGAUUCAAUUUUCGACAUGAAAAUGGACGAUGAAUUUCAGAAGGGAACCGGGCCUAAAAGGUUUUGCUAUAAUAAACUAGCGACUGCAACAAAUAACUUCGAAGAAAAGCAAAAGAUCGGACAAGGUGGUUUCGGGGGUGUUUACAAAGGCUAUUUGAAAGAAAUAGAUUCGAACGUCGCUAUAAAGAGGAUAUCGAAAGAAUCUAAACAAGGAAUAAAGGAAUACGCGACGGAAGUGAAGAUCAUAAGCAAACUUAGACAUAGGAAUUUAGUUCAACUAAUUGGUUGGUGUCACAUGAAGAAAGAUUUCCUUCUUAUAUAUGAGUUCAUGCAAAAUGGUAGCUUAGAUUCUCAUCUAUAUCGCGGUAAAAGCGUAUUGACAUGGCAGAUGAGAUACAACACUGCUAUGGAUUUGGCUUCGGCGUUGCUGUAUCUUCAUGAAGAAUGGGAACAAUGUGUGCUUCAUAGAGAUAUAAAAUCAAGUAACAUUAUGUUGGACUAUAACUUCAACGCGAAGCUUGGCGAUUUCGGGUUGGCUAGGUUGGUUGAUCAUGAGAAAGUGUCACAAUUAGAAACCACAGUUAUAGCAGGUACAAUGGGAUACAUAGCUCCUGAGUAUUUCACAACAGGAAAAGCUACUAAGGAAUCUGAUAUAUAUAGUUUUGGCAUUGUUUCGUUGGAGUUGAUUAGUGGAAGAAAACCGAUUGAUCUUUACGCGAAAGAGGGUCAAGUGAGUAUAUUUGAUUGGGUUCUGGAGCUUUAUAAAUUAGGAAAGUUAGUCGAAGUCGCGGACAAGAAACUCGAGGGUGUGUUUGAUGAGGAACAAAUGGAAAGGUUAGUGGUUAUUGGACUUUGGUGUGCAAAUCCAAAUUAUUCAUUUAGGCCAUGUGUGAGACAAGUGAUUCAAGUGCUUAAGUUUGAAGCUCCUGUGCCAAUUCUACCACAGAAGAUGUUUGAGUCAGUUUAUCCUUCUGCAAUAAGCACAAUUUUUGAUCCAGUUUCAUUUCCAUCUCAGGCUUAUAAUGACAGUUCAUAA